CCUUCCCCGCGGUCUGCCUUCUCCCCUCGCGCGGAGGCCCUUGGCGGCCCUGCGAGCCCGGCCAUGGAGGCGGCGCAGCCCAAGGACCUGCAGCAGCACUUCAGCCAGGCCAGGCGGAGGCACGCGGAGCUGUGCCGGCAGAAACGGAUCUUUAACGCCAGGAACAGGCUCAUCGGGGGGGACACCCCGGCCUGGAAUGCUCAGGUUCGUGACCAGAAGAUAAGAGAAGCAACUGAAAAAGCUAGACACGAAACCUUUGCUGCUGAGAUGAGACAAAAUGACAAAAUCACGUGCCUACUGGAAGCCCGGGAGAGGAGAGACAGGAGAAACUUCUGUAAGGCCCUCUGUGACUUCCAGCAGAGCUUUCAGCGGCCAGAGACCCGCCGUGAAUUCGAUCUGUCCGACCCCCUAGCCCUUAAGAAAGAUCUUCCAGCCCGGCAGUCAGAUAACGAUGUUCGGAAUACAAUCUCGGGGAUGCAGAAAUUCAUGGGAGAGGAUUUAAACUGCCAAGAGAGGAAGAGAUUCCAGGAGGAACAAAAUAGAGAAUGGUCCUUGCAACAGCAACGGGAGUGGAGGGACGCCCGAGCCGACCAAAAAUGUGCAGAGGACCUGUACGCCGAGACGAGGCUGCAGUUCGACGCAACAGCCCGGCACCUGCAGGCCCUGGAUGGCGCCUCCAGACGGGCGGUGUGUGCGGCUGUGAAGGAAUUCAACAGGAGCCAGGCCGCAGAGUCGGCAGAGAGGAGGAUCCAAGAGAGGAAACAGGAACAAGAGGACAACCUGGCGGAGAUCACCAACCUCCUGCACGGGGACCUGCUGUCCGAGAACCCGCAGCAGGCGGCCAGUGCCCUGGGGCCCCACCGCGUGGUGCCUGGCCGCUGGAAGGGCAUGAGCCAGGAGCAGCUGGGGCAGAUCCGCCUGGCUCAGAAGCAGCAAGUCCAGGAGAAGCUGCGGCUGCAGGAAGAAGAGCGCCAGCGCGACAGGGCCUGGGACCUGCACAGGGUCCAGGACGCCCGCGAGGCCCUGCUGCUCCAGCGCCAGCAGCAGCGUGAGCAGCGCGAGCGGCGCCGGGCACUGGACUGCAGCAACCUCAGCCUAGCCCAGGAGCAGCAUCUGCAGAAACUGUCUAUGAAGGAAGCCUUUACAAAUUAUCACACUGAGGAUUAUUUCUCACAGUUUAACACAGUAAGCCGCUAGUGACCGCCGCCGCCGUCCUGGCCCUCUGCGUCAUGCGGGGCGGCGGCCUCCGAAGGCCUGAUUAAAAGGAACCGCGCUG